AUGCGUGGAAACAAGCGACGUGCGGCCGCCGUUGCGACCGCCGCCAAUAAACCCCAACCGGCCCUCAACGACGCUAUUCUUGAUGUGGCGAACCGCAAAGGAGUUCGUUGCUGCGUGGAAUGCGGUGCAACUUCAACACCCCAAUGGCGCGAGGGGCCAAUGGGGCCCAAGACGCUGUGCAAUGCCUGUGGGGUACGUCGUCAGCGUUUGCUACGCAAGCAGCAAGCGGCGACGUCAGGCAAUAUUCCUACGGCCCCGGUCGCAGCUGUGCAGGCACGGAGACGGCUACUGGGCCGCUCCAUGUUUUCG